GGAAAGAACUAACAAUAAGUGGAACUUAAUUUCCUCAUGUAUCACAUAAUUUUCGGCUUUAUCUAAAGAAACUGCGGUUGUGUGAUGUGAUUAUACGAGAUAACAAUGGGGUUGAUAAGAUUAAGAUAAGCACUAUUAAUCGGCUUCUAUCUAGUAAUAAAUAAGUGUAAGUUGCAUUCUUUUCUACAAAUUGACACGCAUAUGCACUUCGUAAUUAUGCUUAAUAAGAGAGGGGAGAGAAAUGAAGGCAUGUAAUUGAAAUCCGCAAAAAGCAAGGAAAAUGUAAACCCUGGGAAUUAUGCAAUGAGUGAUAGCGCACUAUCAUGUUUAACAAAUCUAGAAAUAUGAUGUCAGGAUUUCCGAUUCAAAAACUUCACUUGUGCUGCUGGCAUAAUAGAAAUUUUAUUUUAUUAUGGACCAUUCAUACAAAUUGUGUGGAUAAAGUUGCAAUUUUAUUUGCAAUAGUUUUCUGGAUUUUCCCAGGAAAUUUUUAAACUAAUCAUGCAAAAUGGCGUAUUGCAAAUUAGAAUCUAUAGUUAUGUACAACUUUAAAUCACGAUAUAUUUGAAGCUACUCUGAAAGUUCUGAAACUAGGGAUGCUAUUGUUUUAAAUGAUAUUGACCAUGAUUCCUCAUUUUCCACAUGCUAAUAAGUAUGCAUUACCACAUUAUGCGUGCAUAUCUGUAGACAGACAGAAGCCAGGCCAGGAACCCUAGUGUCAUGAUUGAUAUGAAAAUCGCAAUUUAUGUUUGUGGUAUGUGUUACAUGAGAUUGUGGAUAUUAAUAUGACACACUUUCAGUUCCCUUUUGUUUUGUUCGCCGUUUUUUUAUGUUGUGCAAUGCAAAGUCGGUUUAUUUUCUUUAGUCAUUUUGAUCCCACUACUGACUAGAAUCGGAAGAAAUUUGUUUGCUACAAAUUUGAGAAAAUGUCUUCUUCAAAUUGCCAAUCAGUGUGUGUGGUGGGUGUCAUAUUUUUAAUCGCUUUGGGGUCCAUGGCGUACAUCGGUUAUUUUAGUGGGGUCGAGAAGGAGGAAAUUAUUGUGGCUAGAAUUAAAGAACUCGAUUUAUCACUGGAUUUGAAAGAUUCUGCGUCAAAAACAGAGUCGUACUUAAAUGAAGAGAGAAGGAGCAUUAUCGAUUGCGAAAACAUGGUCCCUCUGGAAUUACAAUCACCCAGAUUUUUAGGCGUUAUCCCAAAUAUAACGGCGAGCAAGGGCGAUAAUGUAUCCAUCCCGUGCGUUACAGAAAAUCUGCAGACUUACAGGAUGGCCUGGCUGAAAUUGCACUCCCAAACCAUAUUAACAAUCCAUAAUCACAUCAUCACAAAAAACAGAAGGAUUGGCCUCUCGAUGGAUACGCAGACGCUCGAAACUCCUUGUAAAAAUCAAAGUAUGGAAACAACCAUUCUGAUGUACACGCUAAAUAUUGACUCAAUUUCAGAAAAGGAUGAAGGAUUCUACAUGUGCCAAAUGAACACGGAUCCAAUGAAAGGACAAUGGGGAUACUUGAAGGUGGAAAUUCCUCCAACAACAACGACGAAUCCAAGUUCAUCGUCGUCGUCGUCAGAAAGCUCUUCAACAUUUUCAAUAACGUCGUAACGUCUAUUUGAUAUCAUCUUAAUUGUUGUGAUUUACAGAAUUCGUUCGUGGGUGGUGGGUUCUUAUUUAGUAAAGUCAAAUCCAAAUACAAAAUUGUGAUCUCAUUA